GUUGGUUUAGUCCAAUGUCCUCUGCCUAGUGAGUGAGGAGCUAAAGCUAGAAGCCACGGCUUGUUGUGAACAGAAGGAACCAUGGUCAACUUUUUGUCACUUGCCCGAGAGCAUUGGGUGAACAUAUUGGUGCCCAUGGGCUUUGUGAUCGGAUGGUACCUUGACAAACAACAGGACCAGAAGCUGACAGCUUUCAGGAACAAAAGUGUUUUGUUCAGCAGGGAGCUGAAGCCUGGUGAGGAGGUGACCUGGAAGUAGACUGCCCUUACCUGGAUAAUGUGUCCUGUCAUCUGUGGUGUGAAUGAUUGAUGGGUGUCUACUCAAAGCAGAAUAUUUAAGAAGACCGUAUCUGUGUAUUUCAGUUGUAUCAACCAAUAAACAUGCCCUUUCUCAUCAAGAAAA